GGGAUUCAACAGUCAACAACUGCAGUCAGCACACAGCUUCUUUUUACAAGGUCGUGCAUGUAAUUCAAAAACCGCAAUGAACAAGAUGGCAAUGUUGGCAAAAGGCAAACUUCCGAAUUUCAAACUUAAAUUCUCAAUGUUGCUUGUAAUCAUAGGCUUCAUUGGAAUAACACAGGGGAUGAAGUGGAGUUUUAGAGAAGAACAUUCGUUUGAAUCAAGAUACUAUGAAUCUGCAACCAUCAUGUCUAAAUAUCCAGAUAGGAUCCCAGUGAUUGUAGAAAAGGCUCCCAGGUCGACGAUUCAGGAUAUUGACAAACGAAAGUUCCUGGUACCCAGGGACUUAACUGUAGCACAGUUUAUGUAUAUCAUCAGGAAAAGGAUACAACUGCCCCCCGAGAAUCCAAUGUUCCUUUUUGUAAACAAAGUACUACCAACAACAAGUGCUACGAUUGGUUCCAUAUACGAAGAACACAAAUACCUAGAUGGAUUCUUAUAUGUUGCUUAUAGUGGAGAAAACACAUUUGCAAAGUAGAAAAAUGUAACAAUUGAAACCAGUCGUUUUUAAUGAAGUGAUUAUGUAUUGAAAUCUCUAGUAAUUGAACAAUAAAGCACAGUUUAAGCGUA